AUGGAGGAUGCUUCGCAGCGGGAACAUGCAGAAGGCGCCGCAGAUGAGAUCCCCACCCGGUUUGGCACGGAUCAGGGAACACGAUGGUGUCAGUUGUUGGACCGGGUCACCUGGCACUUGGAUGUUGAAAAAGACGAUUCGGAAGGCCGAGACGAUGCCGAUGCGCGGAAACUUGAAGACGUGGAGCGCACGUUGGAUUGGGUACUCGAACAUACAGCGGACUCGAUCCUCUUUGUGUGGUUCUGUACUUCUCUCCGCGCGAGGUGCUCUGUCUUGAAACUCAAUCCAGGUAAGAAUUUGGCCACUCCACAAACCCCGCCCGAGCUAACGGAUAUCUCAGUUCAGGGAGAUGGUUCGAUCUUGAGUCUCGAACCAAGAGGAGGGCUGGAGAAGGCAGACAUGUGCGAUGCCGUCAGGCGGCUCAAGGCCGAGAUGGUUUGGUACUGGUCUCAGAUGGAUUCGACCAUCAAGCUGGAGCCAGUGGACGGAGCAGCGGACUUCACACCGGACCCGGACCUCGCCAUUGGCUUCAUGCAAGACCCUUUCCUAGGGCAGGUCUGGUUCUCCGCGUGUGAAGAGUUCGACAGCGCCAAGCUGAAUCCCCAGGACCCACUGGCCGCCCAGCGUCUGCGCUUCCGAAUCGAUGAAGCGGAGGACGUCGAACUCGAAAUUGAUGACGAUGACGAAGCUGUCGACUAUGCCAGCCGCGAUGCAGCGAAUGCACCAGUUCUGUCUGGCGGUGAAGCCCGUGCCCGGAAUUCCACGAUAAACUAUCUCCGGAAAAUCGCAAAGGUGCCAGCGCAUCAACAGACCCUGCUCAAGAAAGGCACUCUCCAAACCGAGGAUGGAUCCCAACUCCUUGAAGGUCUGGAUCGAGACCGUACACAAGUGGAAGGCCUGUGUCGCAUCUUCGCUACGCCAAACGAUUACGUCGGCAAGGUGGGCAACAUGCGCUCUUUCUUCAGACAACUUCAAAUGUCCGGCGCCGAUGGUUAUCAGAGUAUCUUCUGUAGCGAGCUAUACCCGUGGACUGUUUUCGGGGUCACGGUAAUGGCCUGCGUCGCAGAAUCGAGUCGGAAGAUCCUGCAGAGUAAGACACUCAUUCGGAUGCGUUGUCACAGUCCGCUAACCACACUCGCAGGAAAGCCCCAUCUGUUUACCGAUUCCAUGAGGACUAAUCAUCGAAGUCAGAUGAAAGAUAUACGGGAGAGAAUGGAGAAGUGUCUCCAGCUGUUUGAGCAGCGCUGUGCGCAGCCCACUCUCGAAAUGCGGUUGGUCGUGAUGCGAUAUAGGGUGGUCAUGAGGUGCAUGCG